AUGAUUACUAUACUGUUUCUCACAUGCAUCCUCUAUGCACCGUACGAAGUGGCCAGUGGGUCAAUUCCAGGUGCUCCUCAGCAUAAAUCUCUUCAUGACAAGAGGCAAGAUUUGCCCGUUUAUAGCUGGGAACAAUCUUGGAACUCUCAAACCAACAAUCAAAUUACAACUAUCACCACAUCAACUUCAGGAACUAUUCCACCAAACACUGGUUUUAACCAUGGGGCUACAAGUACAUGGACUUACCAGUAUAGCUAUUCCAGUAGCUCUGAUGAUAGCCAAAAUAGCGGAGGCUUUUCAGGCACAUCAUCUUCGGCCGCCCCUGGAUCUGACUCAAGUUUGAGUGGCAAAUACGAGCCAGGUCUUGGAAGCUCUAACACAAGCCCGGUGUCAAAGCCAUUUCAACAAGACACUACAAACCAGGAAGUCUCAGAAAUUUCUGACGACAAAGGCGACUCUUCCCACCCACCGCCUUUACCGGAUAGCGAGAAUGAGGACAAGGGAAUUUCAGAGAAAACUAAAGGCAAAGAAAGACCUACCCCCUCAUCGGCAGGGGCACAUCAAGAUUGGCUGGAUUCUCAUAACAAUUAUCGAUCACAAUACGGUGUUAAAAGUCUAACUUGGAGUGAGGACCUUGUGGAAAGCGCCAGAAGCCAAGUAGAGAAAUGUGUUUGGAAGCAUACCAAACAUAACGAGUAUGGAGAGAAUAUUGCUGCUGGUCAAAACAGCGCGUCAGAAGUUGUUGUUGCUUGGGUUGAAGGACCAAACGAACGUGAAAUGUGGAAUCCUAGCUCUGCUACUCCUACACACUUUACACAGGUGGUAUGGAAAGAUACAGAGCAGAUUGGAUGUGCUUUCAAAUCGUGUGAGAACAUUGAAGGCUCGAACUUGCCCCAAUCACCAGUAAAGCUCUGGGCUUGCGAAUACCAUCCCAAAGGGAAUAUUGGCGGCGAAUACGUGAAGAAUGUACUUGCAGCUGCUGGGGGAAAACCUCUUGCUUCAGCAGGAAGUGCAGCAUUUGCCUCAGUUGAUCCAGAUGAUCCAAGUCGUGCUCAGGCCGGUGGAAAGGGUGUUUCCAAGACCAUAUUCUCUCCGGCACCUGAGUAA